AAGACGCUCAGGGCAAUGGCCCGGUCCCCGCGCGACCCCCCUCUCGGGAGCGCUGCCCUCUCCCUCUGACCGCGCUCCGGCUCCUCCGCGGCCCGGGCUCUCCCUUCUCCACCCCCAUCAGCCCUCUCUCCAGUCUGUGCGUCUGUCCGUCUGUCCUGGCGCGCAACCUCCGGCCACCGGCUUGGAUGGACGCGCUGAGGCUGCCCGGGGGUCCAGGAAUCUUGCUUCCGAAGCUGGUCCUGCUCUUUGUCUACGCAGAGGAUUGCCUUGCUCAGUGUGGCAAAGACUGCAGAUCUUACUGCUGCGAUGGGGCCACGCCCUACUGUUGUUCCUACUACGCCUAUAUUGGGAAUAUCCUCUCGGGCACCGCAAUUGCUGGCAUCGUGUUUGGAAUUGUAUUCAUCAUGGGGGUCAUUGCGGGGAUUGCCAUAUGUAUCUGCAUGUGCAUGAAAAACAACCGUGGGACCCGGGUGGGCGUCAUCAGGACCACCCACAUCAAUGCCAUCUCCUCCUAUCCCGUGGCACCACCGCCCUAUAGUUAUGACCAUGAGAUGGAAUACUGUGCCGACUUGCCGCCUCCCUACUCUCCCACCCCACAGGCUUCCGCGCAGCGUUCUCCACCCCCUCCUUACCCUGGAAAUUCAAGAAAACAGUCCUUCUCCCAGAACAGAAUAUGUGCCAAUCAGAGAUCUUGCUUGGAAUAAAAUGCUUGCUCUAAGGAAUACAUUUUUGGGUGAAACAAUAUGUCGAGUGGAAUGUCCAGGCUAAGAAACACUGAGUUUUUAUCCUUCUCUGAGCUGACCCCAUCUGACGUACUGUUCGAUUUGAUGGUAUCAUAUUUGAAGAGAUGUACUGGUCAAUGUAAGCACAUUCAGAGAAGAGUAACAAGAUAGACAAAACAUCUGAAAAUCAUGUUGCUUAAGGAAAUUGCAAUACUGACCCUGGAAAAGAGAAGAAUUAGGAAAGACAGGAGGACAGCCUGGACUACCUAAGGAGACAACUAUAUUCUGCGUUGCUUUAAAAGUUGGGACAAGAAUUAUUCUUUCUUUCAUUCAUCAAUAAAUACUAUUCAAGUGCCUAAGAGCUCACUCUGUGUCUUCCACUCUUUGUGAAGCACUGGGUGGAAGCUACAGGAACUUUGGUUUCUGGAUGAGAACAAGAAACUUUGGUUUCAGUAUAAGAAAGAGGAGUUGGAGCUUCCUUAUUCACUAGAUUGUUUUGUGAAGUUCUCUAUUACCAAGACUUCAAACAGAAUCUGUCUAUCUGAUAGAGACAUGCUCUAGAAAGGAUAGCUAAAUCAAAUGGUAGAUGGAUCCACUGGGCCCCAAACAUUCUGUUCAUGUUUUAGGUAAGUGUGAAGUAAGUCUCUAUGCCUCCAAGAAUUAAAACAACUGGAAGAGUUGAAUCUUCUCUAUUUAGUUUGACAGCUAAAACAAGAUCAAAGGGACUCAACAGCUGCUUAAAGCCAAGUGCUAGCUACUGCUAUCUAAAAAUCAUGUGACUUUAAGUAGUGUUUUAUUAUGAAAAAGGUUAUUCCAACUGUGGGGGGGGGGGGGGGGGGACCGUACUGAGUUCCACAAGCAACAAAUACUUCUCUUCAGAUUAAGAGAUUAGAAGCCAAAUAUUCCCAUGGGAUUUUACAUCAAGGAGUAGACUCGUAGAACUUGACAAAAAAAGAUAUACAACAAUUUACAAAAAGAAGAGAGGAAAAUAAAAUUUGGAUUCUGUUCUGUGGAAUUCCAUUCAUAUGUAGCUUAGUCAAAUUUGUUUCCCUUUUCUUUUGUAAUACUUUAAAAACCUAGUCCCUUGAAAAAGUUAUACAGUUAAUAGAAAGGUUAUGAUAGUGACACCAAACGGUUGCCUUUUGCCAAAAUCCAAAUGUUACGAAGUGCCUACCUUCAACUAUAAAAGUUUUUACUAAAUAAUUCUAAUGUGCCAUAUUUUGCUGCAAGUAACCUUAGCAUUUAUAUUUUUAUGUGGGUCCUUUCAUGUUUUUAAAAUUUACAUUGACAAAAUAUUGGGGGAGAGUGAUGUCACCAAGAUGGUGACAUACAUCAUUGCUGAAUUUGCUCCCCCUCACAAGAAGAACAAGUAACAACUAUCCAAAACCAGACACCACUGAGAGAAUCCUAGAACACAGGAGUGAGGCUGAAGCACCCCUGAACUUCAGAGACCAAGACACUGUAGUAGAGGAGUAAGAGAAGCGACUACAUGUUGACUGCAUUGCCCCUCCCUCAGGACAGUGCAGCACCACGGGAAGAGAUGUCUCCUGAGCCUCCAGUUCCUCCAGCGGAAAAGAGAACCCAAAGGAGGACAACUAACUGCCCACCCCCGCCCCAGGAUGGUGGAUCACUCUGUGGCAACCCCUACUCUGAUCUCAUACCACUGGAAUUGCAGGGCUCAGCCACUGUAAAUAUAACUGUGAAAGAGAAUGAGGAGGAGCUUGCAACAACCAGCCCAUGGAUGUUGGCAGACCAGGUUCAUACUGGCAGUGCCCAAAUAGUAAUCUCAACCAGGGGCUUUGCUCAUCUGUAGAGCCAAGUUGGGAGCACACUCUGACCAGGGAACCCAGAGGGGUGCAGAUCUGCCUUAUUCACAUCCUCAAACAAGAAGUUUGCCAGCCCUACAGCCCAGUUUUCUCACACCCAGGAAGGGUACUGAGUCACAGCCCCGCCAACUGUGGAGAUUGCCUUCAGCCCCAUCUGACCAGAAGGGCUAGAGACGACUCCUGGAAGCUGCGUGACCAAGUGAUACUUGAGCUGGAAGAAGAGCAGACAGAGGUGAUAGUUUGCAGAGCCAAUGGCCUCAUUUGGCCAGGGAACGUGUGUGAUGUGGGUCUGCUUGAGUUAAGGCAACAAAGAGCUUGACUGGUUUUAGAGCUGCUCCUCUUCUUGCAUCCAGGCAGGGAAUCUAAUUCAUAGCCUUGCUUAUUGCUGAAGACAGCCUGCAGCCUAUCUGAGCAGGGAACUUAACCAGAGCACACAGGAAGCUGCAUAGCCCAUCUAACAGCCCUACAUACCAUGGGACUCGAAAAGAGUGCAGCCCUUGGCUUCCUCCAUCUGCACAGCAUCACCUGACAAGGGAAUUCAGUGGACACUCAGGCCUGAUUUGUGCCCCAAACAAUGAUUUGUAUGGGUCCUGAGCCCUGGCUGCUGCCCUGCCAGAGCAGAGAAGCAGGUAAGACAGCUCCAUCUACUACUGAAUAUAGACCCAGUCCCAAACAUCUAGUAAGUCUGAGCAGAGAAUAAGACAACUGAGGACCCCAUCCUACAGCUUCAUAUGGAUAGGGAACCAAGCCAGCAAUCAUAUCCAAGUAUUUUCAGCCAGUGGUAAACACACUCCAUCCCUCUCUUCAGUGUUUGAAUAGAUGCCUUGCCCAAAGAAGUCCAUGAUAGCAGGUCCCACCUGCCCAAAGGCAUUCCAACAGACACACCCACCUAAAAUGAGCUGACUACUGAAGAGCUAUCUCUGCCAAAACAAACCUGUAAAGGUCUGGAAAAGGAGGUUAAUUACUCAAAUGCUCAGGGCUGCCUGGGUGGCUCAGUCAGCCAGGUGUCUGACUUCAGCUCAAGU